AUGCAGUCCAUCAGAGAGGUGACAGGCUACGUGCUGGUGGCUCUGAACCAAUUUGACUACCUGCCACUGGAGAACCUGCGGAUCAUCCGAGGCACCAAGCUGUACGAGGGCCGCUACGCCCUCGCCAUCUUCCUCAACUACAGGCGGGACGGGCACUACGGACUACGGCAGCUGGGCCUCCGCAAUCUCACGGAGAUCCUGAAUGGCGGCGUCUAUGUUGACCAGAACAAAUUCCUGUGCCAUGCGGACACCAUACAUUGGCGUGACAUCAUCAAGAACCCGCAGGCGGAGCUGCUGGUUGUGCCAUCCAACAACAGCAACCUGGGAUGUAGACGCUGUCAUCGCUCGUGUAACGGACGCUGCUGGGGUCACCAGGAGGACCAGUGUCAGACCUUGACGAAGACGGUGUGCGCCGAGCAGUGUGACGGUCGAUGCUUCGGACCUUACGUCAGCGACUGCUGCCACCGCGAGUGUGCUGGCGGCUGCUCGGGUCCCAAGGACACCGACUGCUUCGCUUGCACCAACUUCAACGACAGUGGCGCAUGUGUGACCCAGUGCCCUCAGCCGUUUGUGUACAACCCGACGUCCUUCCAGCUGGAGCACAAUCCCCGAGCAAAGUACACCUACGGAGCCUUCUGCGUCAAGAAAUGCCCACAUAACUUUGUGGUGGACCAUAGCUCAUGUGUCCGCGCGUGUCCUAGCAACAAGAUGGAAGUGGAGGAGAACCGCAUCAAGAUGUGCAUUCCCUGUACAGACAUCUGCCCUAAAGUGUGCGACGGCAUCGGGACGGGCAGCCUGCAAACGGCUCAAACGGUGGACGCCAGCAAUAUUGAUAAAUUUGUCAACUGCACAAAAAUCAAUGGCAACCUCAUCUUCCUCAUCACUGGGAUUAAAGGGGACAUGUAUCAUGGAAUCGGACCGAUGGAUCCCGAGCGCCUUAACGCAUUCCGCACUGUAAAAGAGAUCACAGGUUACCUCAACAUCCAAUCUUGGCCCGAGAACAUGACCGAUCUGAGUGUUUUUUCCAACCUGGCUACCAUUGGCGGGAGAUCCCUUUACAGUGGAAGCGGCAUCUCCUUGCUGAUCUUGAAGCAGCGUUGGAUCUCCUCCUUGCAGUUCCAGUCGCUGGAUGAGAUUAGCGCGGGCAACGUCUACAUAUUCAACAACAGCCGUCUAUGCUUCUACAAUACCGUCAACUGGACGUCACUCUUCCGGACGCCGAGCCAGAAAGUGCUUAUCCGUAACAAUCGUGACCCGAAGGAGUGCACCCAGCAGCGCAUGGUGUGCGAUCAGAUGUGCUCCGAUGAAGGUUGCUGGGGUCCCGGACCCGACCAAUGUCUGUCCUGCCGCUACUUUAGACGGGGCCGCACCUGCGUCGAAUCCUGCAAUCUUUUUGACGGGGAACUGCGCGAAUUCGCCAAUGGAUCCGUGUGUCUGCAGUGCGAUGGCCAGUGUGAGAGGAUGGACGGAAACGCCAUGACGUGUGUCGGCCAGGGUCCGGACCAGUGUGUGAAGUGCCUCCACUUCAAAGAUGGGCCUAACUGUGUGGAUAAAUGCCCUGACGGCCUGCAGGGGGCGAACAGUUUCAUCUUUAAGUACGCCAAGGCCAACAACGAGUGUCACCCCUGCCACGCCAACUGCACCCAGGGGUGCAUUGGGCCAAGACUCCAAGAUUGUGUUGGGAUGAUGGACAGGACGCCCCUCAUUGCUGCUGGAAUCAUCGGUGGCCUGUUCAUCAUUGUCAUCGUGGCGCUCAGUGUCGCCGUGUACGUUCGACGUAAAAGCAUCAAAAAGAAGAGGGCCUUGCGCCGCUUCCUGGAGACGGAGCUGGUGGAGCCCUUGACCCCCAGUGGGACAGCCCCCAACCAGGCUCAGCUGCGCAUCCUGAAGGAGACGGAGUUGAAGAGGGUCAAGAUUCUAGGCUCGGGGGCUUUUGGGACCGUCUACAAGGGCAUCUGGGUCCCAGAAGGUGAGACGGUGAAGAUCCCGGUGGCUAUUAAAAUCCUGAACGAGACCACGGGUCCCAAAGCCAACGUGGAGUUCAUGGACGAGGCUCUGAUCAUGGCCAGCAUGGAGCACCCUCACCUAGUGCGCCUGCUGGGCGUCUGCCUGAGCCCUACCAUCCAGCUGGUCACGCAGCUUAUGCCACACGGCUGCCUCCUCGACUACGUGCACGAGCAUAAGGACAACAUCGGGUCGCAGCUGCUGCUCAACUGGUGCGUCCAAAUCGCAAAGUACGGAGGUGUUUGGACCUACCGCGUCAUCGCCACGUUGAUAAUUCAGUUCUCCUUUCACGAUCUGAGGCCUGAGGUGAGGCUGUGA